GGGCGGCUGCGCGCGGUGAAGAGAACAUGUCUGGGAUGAAGAGAGUGAUCGUGGAGAAGGACCCCGACUAUGAGGACAUCACCAUCACGCAUCCCAGCAAGCGCCAUAAGGCAGCUGAACAGUCAGCUAGAGAUGUUGCUGUGCAGAAGAUUGAGACAAUUAUAAAAGAACAGUUUGCUGUUGAAAUGAAGAGUAAAGAACACGAAAUUGAAGUUAUAGAUCAGCGCCUGAUUGAAGCAAGAAGGAUGAUGGAUAAGCUGCGUGCCUGUAUUGUGGCUAACUAUUACGCAUCAGCUGGUCUCCUUAAAGCUGGAGAGGGGACCAGGUCAUGUGAUGCAACAAUUCUUAAUCACCCUUCAAUCAAGAAAUUCUUGGAAUCACCCUCUAGAUCAUCAUCUCCAGCUAACCAGGGCUCAGACACUCCAUCUGCCAACCACUCCGAGAGCGACUCGCUCUCUCAGCACAAUGACUUUCUCCUGGACAAAGACAAUGGCAACUUGGAUGCAGACGAGCGGCUGACAAACAGCCUGGACCAGAGACAGAGCAGAAAUACUGGCCGGGACAGUUCAGGUGUUUCAAGCUCUCAAAAACCAGGACAACGAAAUGCUGGACUGUCAAAUGAUGAAACUUCACGGCUUUAUGUGAAGAAAACCAUUGUGGUUGGCAACGUUUCCAAGUACAUUCCCCCUGACAAGAGAGAAGAAAACGAUCAGUCAACCCAUAAAUGGAUGGUGUAUGUCCGAGGCUCUCGGAGAGAACCCAGCAUAAAUCAUUUUGUCAAGAAAGUUUGGUUCUUUCUGCAUCCCAGUUACAAGCCAAAUGAUCUGGUAGAAGUGAGAGAACCUCCGUUUCACCUGACCAGGAGAGGCUGGGGAGAAUUUCCUGUGAGAGUCCAGAUACACUUCAAGGAUAACCAGAACAAGAGGAUUGAUAUAAUACACAAUUUGAAGUUGGACAGGACGUACACAGGCCUGCAGACACUCGGUGCAGAAACGGUAGUGGAUGUGGAGCUACAUAGGCAUUCCCUUGGUGAGGAGUAUCUCUUCUCCCAGUCUUCAGAGUCUGACCUUUCUGAUGUUCCUACAUCUUUACCCCUGCCACUGAGCAUCCCAGCACCAGUCAAAGCUUCUUCACCAAUUAAACAGUUGCGAGACUCCAGUCCAGAUGCUUCAGUGGACAAAGGAUUCCCCGGGAAUGCUGAAACUGAAAGACAUGCCACGUUUUAUUCCCUGCCAUCUGCAAUAGAACGGACUCCCACCAAGUUAGCCACACAGAAAGUUGCCUUUGGCUCUCAUGGAAAUUCAGCCUUUCAACCCAUUGCAGCUAGCUGUAAAAUAGUGCCUCAAGGUCAGAGUCCGAGCCCUGCAGAGUCACCAGGAAAAUCCUUCCAGCCUAUCACCAUGAGUUGCAAGAUUGUAUCAGGUUCUCCAAUAUCGACCCCUAGUCCAUCUCCGCUACCUCGUACCCCAACCUCCACUCCGGUGCACAUGAAGCAAGGCUCUUCUAGCUCAGUCAUUAAUAACCCGUAUGUUAUUGUGGACAAGCCUGGACAGAUGGUUGGAGCAGCAACCACAAGCACAGGAAGUCCAACCAGCAAACUGAGCAGUGCUUGUCAGGUCUCUCAUGGAACUGGAUCUCCUGUAUCAAAGACCCAUGGGAGCAGUUUUGUCACAUCAGCUGUCAAGCAGGAGGAUUCUCUGUUUGCCACUAUGCCACCCCUUUGUCCUAUUGGGAGUCAUUCCAAGGUGCAAAGCCCCAAAUCGGUCACGGGAGGACUUGGAGCUUUUACAAAGGUGAUAAUAAAGCAGGAGCCAGGAGAGCUGCCCCAGCAACCCCAACUACCGGUGACAGGGACAGCCACGCAGUCCUCUGUGCAGCAGUAUGUCACUGUCAAAGGGAGCCACAUGUUAGCCUUGUCACCACAGAAGCCAGUUGUGAGCACGGGUGAGGGGACAGUGCAGUCUAAGGUUGUUGGUGUGCCAGUUGGCUCUUCUUUACAGUCAACAAUGAAACAAGCAGUGGCUAUAAGUGGUGGCCAGAUACUUGUGGCAAAAUCCAGCUCUUCAGUAGCAAAGACUGUUGGUCCGAAGCAGGUUGUGACUCAAGGUGUAGCCAAAGCCAUCGUAAGCGGAGGUGGGGGGACAAUUGUUGCUCAGCCUGUGCAGACUAUCACGAAAGCGCAAGUUUCUUCCACAGGUGCUCAGAAAAGUACCUCUCAAGGUUCAGUGAUGGCUACACUGCAGUUACCAGCCACCAACCUGGCGAACUUGGCAAACUUACCACCAGGCACCAAACUGUACCUCACCACCAACAGCAAGAAUCCUUCUGGAAAAGGAAAACUGCUUCUGAUACCCCAAGGAGCCAUCUUGCGAGCCACAAAUAAUGCUAGUCUCCAGUCUGGUUCUUCCACGAAUAGUGGAGGAGGAGGAACCCAAAGCACAAGCAGUAACUUGUCACAGCAUCUCACUUAUACGUCCUACAUCCUGAAGCAAACACCCCAGGGUACCUUUCUGGUUGGCCAACCUUCUCCUCAGAGUUCUGGGAAGCAGCUGACUCCAGCUUCAGUUGUUCAGGGCAGUGUAGGAGUUGGAGCAUCUUCCACACAAGGACAAGCCCUGAAAGUGAUAACUGGACAGAAAACAGCUCUAUUUACACAGGCUGCAGCCAGUGGACAGACAUCACUGGUGAAAAUAUCGGAUGGGUCUAUAAAAUCAGUGCCUGCUUCAUCCCAGCUCUCCAAACCUGGCACCACUGUGUUGAGAGUAUCAGGAGGUGUCAUCACCACGGCUGCUGCUCCUGCCAUGGCCCUUCCCACAAACGGGGUGGCCCAGCAAAUAGAUAAUGCAGGUUCCAGUUCAUUAUCUUCUGGAACUCCUGCAGCAAAGACAUCUGGACAGCAGCAUCAAAUCUGUAUAAGCCAGAGCCAGUCUACUUCAUCAGUAGUGAAUAAGACAGCUACUUCCACUGUUGUAAGUGUUGCUUCUCUGAUGACUACACCAACGCCUGUAACUGGAAAAGCUGCAGUAUCAGGGUUGCUAAAAAUCCACUCAAAUCAGUCUAGUCCACAGCAGGCUGUUCUGACAGUUCCCAGCCAGCUUAAACAGCUCGGUGUAAACACAGCUUCUGGAGGUGUUCAGACAAUACUCAUGCCUAUGAACAAAGUGAUACAGUCACUUACCACCAGCAAAGUUUCAGCUGUCACAGCAGCAAGCACACUUGUCCCUAGUACCACUACAGCGUCAGUUACUAAAGUUAAGAUGGAGCCUGAUUCAACAGGACAAAACUGCAGUUCUGUGGGUACCCAAGAAGGCCAAGCAGCAGUAAAAACAGAAGAGAGCUCUGAACUUGGGAACUACGUUAUCAACAUAGAAUAUUUGGAGAACGUCCAGCAGCUUUUAACAGCAAUAGUGAAGAAGGUUCCCUUAAUUGCUGAAAAAAGUGAAGAUGCAAGCUCUUUUUGUGCCAGUUCCGUGGAACAGUAUUACAGCUGGAAUAUUGGGAAGAGGAGGGCAGCUGAGUGGCAACGGGCAAUGACAGUGAAAAAGAUCCUACAAGAAAUCAUAGAGAAGCACCCCAGGUUUCACAACAUUACACCCCUGAAAACAAAGCACGUGGUGCACUGGUGUCGAUGCCAUGGCUACACUCCACCUGACCCUGAGACGUUGCAAAACGAUGAGGACUCAAUUGAAGACGUGCUGACACAGAUAGACAGUGAGCCAGAAUGCCCUUCAUCGUACAGCAGUGGUGAGGAGCUGUGCCGAAAACUAGAGGAACUACAGCAGUUUCUGAAACGAGAACCAGAACAUGAAGAGGAAGUAGAUGUUCUCAACUUCAGUGAGCCUUUAAAAAUAAACAUUAAGAAAGAACAGGAGGAGAAACAAGAGGAGAUGAAGUUCUACUUGGGUUCCUUGCCUGCAUCAGAGUUUGUGAGGGAUGCUGCGGAGAAGAUAGGGAUUUCUUUUCAGCCUGCUGAGGUACAAAAGAAUGUUUAUGCAUCAGUAAUAGAAGAUAUGAUUUUAAAGGCCACUGAACAGCUUAUGAGUGAUAUCCUACGGCAAGCACUUGCUGUGGCAUACCAGACAGCACCUCACAACAGGACUCCAAGAGAGAUCACAGUGAUGAAUAUUCACAAAGCCAUCUGUAAUAUUCCCUUUCUUGACUUCCUCACAAACAAACACAUGAAGAUAUUAAAUGAGGAACAAUGAAAUAGAGCAAAGGAGAUGCUACAGGAAAGGUGGAUUUAUGACUGAAUUUGGUUUGACAAAUCCAGUAUUUCUGUAGGACACUUAUAUACGUUUAUAACAUUGGGCUACUAGAUUGUUACCUCCAAUUAAAGAUGCACCUUAAUGCAACAAAAUGAUGCUCUGUUCCAAAUCAAGUUGUUAAAUGUCAGUGUUUACUUGGUAAGUGUAUGUUCAGUGGCUGAACAAACAUCGUCAGUUUGCAUCGAGUUGCUAGCUGUGAGAGACUCCACAGACCUGGUCCCUCUGAGACAGCUGUUUUGAUGAGAUUGAACAUUUUUUUCUUAGGAAAGAAAUUACACUUUUUGAUGCAGUCUACAUAGGAGUUGUUCUUCCCAUGCAGUGGGCAGAACAGUUGCUUUGGCACUCUGAAUAUGAGAAAAGUCAAAGACAGCUUUUAAAGCUGGUUACUUGAGUAGGUGGGGGAGUUGGUCAGGUAGGGUUUAGGUGUGGGUGAGCAGGAGGCUGCAACAAAUUCUGGCAUUCCUGCUCCGGCAUAUGAUGUAUGUGACUAAGCACACAUCAGUAAGGUGGGCAGGCUUAUUGUCAGCUUUUUCAGCAAAGUGAAUAACCAAAUUCCUUGCCUCUCUAGAAGAGGUGCCAGGGGCUGCCUUUCUUAGUCAUCUCAGAAGGGUAGACUGGCACAUGCUCAAUCACCAUGAAGGAACCAUAGUCAGGCUUGGUAAAACUUGACUGACCACUUGUCCUGCAUAGGAAAGGAGUGGGGAAAGUAUUUGUAGCUUUUGACUGGCUGAAACUCUUUGCUUACCCAACGAGUGCCUCCCCAGGCUGCUUAAAGGUUUGGAGUGUGCUGGGGGACAGGUGACAAGCUGUGUUGUAAGGUCAUAAUGUCUGGAUAGCACUGAUUUAUGAUCAGCUUGGAUUGUGAAGUGCUAGGGGAGCAGCAGCACUUUGGCUGAAGUUCUCAACACAGGGAGGCCUGAUAGGAUCAAAAGAUCAGAGAUUGCUGCUUGUAGGGAUCUCCUCUGUCUUGACUGCAGGAAAAAGUUCUGCUACUAACCUUGACACUUAACUGUCUAGGAACAUCUCUGAUGUAGGAGAUGGGUCUGCAGCCUGGCUAUGAACACUUCACUGAAGAAGGCUUCACUGACAACAUUCUGACCACCCCUUUGUCCUGCCCCAUGGGUGCUUGUUAGUAGUGUGAAUAAGCCAUUGUGAAAUUGGUGGGAUAACUGUUUGACUGUCAUGCUUUCAGGUGCUUGUUUUGUGAGGCAGUGCUGUCAUGUGGUGGAGCAUGGGUCAAGCAGCCAGGACCUCCAAUGCACUGAUCUCAGCUGGGUCUGUGAUCUGUUGCAUGGCCUUUGAUAUAAUCACUCCGUGCCUCAGUUUCCCCAUCUCUGAGCAUGGGGAGCAGGAUACUACCUCAAAGGUGUGUACUGAGGCCUCACUCUUGUUGGUGCCGUGCUUUGACAAUACAAAGCCUUUUAUAACCAUUAAACCACAGUUAUCUUUCCUCAUCUGGGACAGGAACAGAAGUCUUCAAAAUGCUAUUUUUUGGUGCUUUUUUUUGAGCUAGAAGACAGGUGAUGAUAACAUGUAGUACAGAUCGUAAUGUCCAGUGUGCAGGAACUGUGGGAGAGGGUGGUUUCAGGCUUCCAAGGACAGUAGCAUAGAUUUGAUGCAGUUCUUAAACUGAAGAAAGUACCAUGUGCCUCAGAUGAGAUACUGUCUGUCUUCAGCACCAUAAGUAAAACUAGGGUCUGCAGGAGGGCCCCUGUUAGUUCAUUAAAAUUAACAGAGUUACAGUUCACUUGAAUAUAUGAGUGGCAGAACCUGACCUGUGAAUGUAGGAGAUGGGACCAGUGGAUGAAAUUCAAACAGCAUUCAGAGGAGGACUUAAAUGCCCCCUAUACAGGGCACUUCAUACGCUCUGGAUUCAGAAGAUAAUCCUGGCUUAGUUGGGUGAGCUGAAUGCAGGAUUACCUGCACAAGUAAAGUACCCUGACACUGGUUUUUCAGCUGAGGUCAGUGUGAAGGAUUGGAGCAGUGGUGACUAUAGUUGAGCUCAGUGUUGGGAGUCGGGAGGAAUCCAGGUAGCUGUGGAGCUGCGGGCCCCACACUUUGCUUGUAGGCUGUAGUGAACUCCAAAUCCAUAGUGCUGUUGGGCACCCCUGUACACAACCUUCACAAGAGAGAAGGGCAUUUUCAUGAUACCUAUCACUAUUGCAGCCUGCAGGUUGUGUGGGAACAGCCCUUUGGGCUGACUCAGUCAUGCUACGAUCUUGUGCAAUGGCACAUGCAUUUCCAGCCCCAGUCUCCUGUGGAUUUUGAUAUGCCCAGAGCAGCUCUUGAGGAUGCAGGAGAUUGUCUUCCAGCAUCUGUUUGCAAAUCGUGGCUUCCUUUGCCUGUGUCCUGCUUUACUGUGAGGAAUGGAGUUGCAGAGUGCGUCCUGAGCCUGGCCCUGAAGCAGGCAAGUAAAUACCCCUUGUUCUUAAUGGGGUUCUUGCAGUGCAGAUCUGUUGCUACGUUUCUGAGCAACCACAGGUUAUUCUCCUAGGGGAUGCUAUAUUAAUAUAUAAAGUUUGCUGAAGAAAAAUGAACUGUUAAAAGCAGCUAGAAAAUAACACAUCUGUGUAGUCCUUCAGACACAGGAAACAUUUGCAACAAGUUCUUUGAAUUUUGAAAAAGGGUGGGAGAAAAAUUUGUCCUUGAAGUUCCUGUUGGAAUUGCUUGGAGAUGAGUUUAGAGGUUGUGGAAUUUCAUGCACCCGCUCAGGUGUAUGUGUGGAAUGCUACAGAUGGUCCAGUGUGUUGAGAUGUUACAAUAUAUUUCUCUGGCUUUCUAAAGAGUCUUGAUGCAAGUUAAAAAUCUCUUUACGAAUAUUGCCCCUGUUUGUAAUGCUGAGUGUUUAAAUCCUUCAUGUUAUCUGUAUUAUACUGUAUAAUUGUGUAAGAUACAUAUGUUUACAAUAAAUUCUUUUAUUAGCUGUG